AUGUAUUCUAAACCAAAUCCAGUGUGGUACCAUGUGAGACCACAGAAAAAUAACCAGGAUGAAAAAUGUAGGUUGCUCAGUCUAUGUGUUGACAGACUAUUAAGUGGUCAGACUACAACCAGUGGCAACAAAUUGGAGAAGCUGGAUUCACAGCAAGUCCUGAAACUUUGUUUACGGUAUCAGGAUCAUCUACAUCAGUGUGCAGAGGCAGUGGCUUUUGAUCAAAAUGCCCUUGUUAAGCGAAUCAAAGAGAUGGAUCUGUCCGUUGUUGCCUUAUACAGUGUUAUGCAAGAGAGACAGAAGAGAUACGCCAAGUAUGCGGAACAAAUACAGAAAGUUAAUGAGAUGUCUGCAAUACUCCGGCGUAUACAGAUGGGCAUAGAUCAAACUAUUCCACUAAUGGAGAAACUUAAUAACUUAUUGCCAGAGAAUGAAAGACUUGAACCUUUCAGCAUGAGAGCUGACAAAGAUGUAAAGUACCAGUAGACUAUAAGCUAAAACUCAACCUUUUAUCCUUCACUAGAUAUGUAUACAAUCACCACUAAAUCUGCAGUUUGGAUAUUAAGUCAGUGAAGUUUCAUCUAUUUCCAGGGGAUGCUGAGCAUUUUGUUGUUACGCGCUCUUCUGCCCCACUUCCAAAAUGCUUUGGAUCCAAUGUACCAGCUAAUGUCAUUAUGAACCUUUUCAUCCAGUUUUGGUGGAACGAGUUACUUAACUAAGGAGACUGCUAAAGUCAUUUGCAGAGAUUUGAGGUCAAAUAUCUGCAUCAAUUUGCACUACUACAAAUCAGUUAGCAUCAUGGUAGCCACUACUAGAUUUUGAAUUAGUAUCCCAUCCCUCUGCAUGCAUUCAGACCUUGAUUUGAAGACUUCACUUAUUAAUUAAACUGUUUGUUUUUUCUCAUGUAGCAUACUUAGAUGGCUGAUAUAUGCCUUGUGUAUAUGUUUGAAGCAUCUCCAUGACGCGGUGAUUCUCUUUUUUUAAUCUGUAAAGAUAUCUGUUAUGCUUAGUAGAAAGUGUGUUCAUCCUUGGUACUUGAAGUGAAUAAUUAAUUAGUCAUAGUCCACAAGGGAUGGUAGGUUGCAAGCCAUCAUGCAGCUGGUCAGGGCUCUGUGGCACUGUGGUAAUGUCCCUACUUCUGAGCCAGAAGACCUGGGUUCAAGUCCCAUCUGCUCCAGAGCUGUGUAAUAAUAUCCCUGAACAGGCUGACCAGGUUAUCUUCAUAUAGCUGGUGAUGCAGUUGUCACGUCACAUUGGAUCAUUGUCCUCCCAUAUAUAGAAGGUUUGAGACGAUUUACUCUCUUUUUUGCUUUAAAGUAGGUCAUUUACUGGUUUGUAAAAUAGUCUAAUAAUGUUGAAAUGUGACUCCUGAACCCUCCUGUAAAUAACUAAACACAAUGAUGUAAUGUACAGUACAUAAUAUAGUUGGUGGAACAUAUGGAACUAAGAAAUUAAUUUAAUUUUCUUAAGGCUUUUUUAUAAUUGUAAAUUCAAUCUCAAUGUUACUUUUGUUACCUGCAACUAAUAUUUAUCAUACUUUGUGAAAGCUCCAUACUAAAGUUGGUUUUAUUUUUUUGAAGCCUGAAGUUUGAGUAAAGCUGGUAAUAUAAGCAGGCUCAAAGUGUAUGAAGCUACACAGCACUGUAAACAAUAUUGAUAAUAUUGCAUGUAGCUAAGCAUUUAAUUACUAAUAUUUAAUAUCAGCUCUACUAGUUCCUCUAGUUCUAUGAUCAGCAACAAAGAACAUAAAUUGGACACUUUCUUCUGUUGGUGGCAAGUAAAAAGAAAUUGAUUCACAGGAUCCUCAAAAAAGUGGACUCACUUGCUCUCUGAAAUAAAUCCAGAUAAUGCUGGAAAUGCAUAGUCAGCCAAUCUGCAUAUGACAAGAGAAAGAGCAAUUUGUGAAAAUGUAGGUGUUUAUUUUUUAACCUCUCUUUCAGUACAUCUCAAUGGUGGUACAAGAAGAUGAAGGCCAGAUAUUAGAUAUCACCUUUCCCCUCUGAUCAGAGUACGGCACUUUCAGGUCACCCUGAAAACAUGAACAGAACAUAGAAAUGCUUAGGUCAUUAGCAUCUGCAGAGAGAGAGGAAAAAAAAAAGUUACUAUUUUAGGUUGGUUACCUUCCAAUAUUUCCGGCAAUUUUCUACAUCCGCUGUAGUUUCCUUUUGUGGGAGCAUGAGGUAGGAUUUACUUUCAGGCACUUAAAGCAGGCUAUGAACUUGACACAAUGUUUGUUUAAAUUACACUUGUAUGUAACAGGUACCAUCUCAGAUUUUAUUUCAAAAUAUGCUCAUCAUUUCACCUCAUGAAGAACAUCUUUGUCAGUUAUCCAUCAACGCUUCAUACAUUACGCAUUUGAACAAAACAGCUCCAUCACGCAGACAUGUUGUACCAUCCUGAACAAGUUUCCAGCAUAUCUCCACCUCAGGACCUCCACACAAGUGUGCUUUAACCUGCAACUCAUGCACUCUGCAUAGCAUCAACAUUUUUGUUUCAUUUAUACCCCUGUGUUUUUGAUUCUGCCCUCGUUUACACAGCCCUUGUAUACACAGAUGUUUUCUCAGUGCUAAUUAGCAGUCCACAUUAGCAAUUUAAACCUAGCCAAAAAAACUGGAAAUCUCAUCUGUAUCAAGUAAGACCUGAGAUUUGAUUUACUGAAUACCUACAUACAGUAUAAGCAUUAAAAUUCUGAGGUAUUUGCUCUAAGCAGCACUGGUACAUUACCUAUCCAUAAACUCAAAUCACGAUAGUUACACCAUUUAUUUACAGAUGCAAAAAAGUUUGCAUCAAAUAAGCUAUGAUUACACCAGAUAUCCAGAUUUUGCCAGCUUGUCUGGAAUUUUUAAAAAAUCUCCAUGGAACUUGGCUCAGUCUUCAGAGGCAAAGUGCAUUAUUGGACAAUUACAUAACGCUAACUGGGAUUUUUUCAAAUGCAUACACAAGCCUGACAAUUAUGCAUAAUUGCCUUGAUUAGAUACUUAAUGUUGAAUUAAUUGAUGAACAGUCAUGAUUGGUAGGACUUGAACAACAAUAUUCUAAAUUAUUUGAAGUCCCUGGCUGAAGCUGUGAGAGACAAUUUCUUCAAAACUGCACAUGUGAAUUAUAAGUUGGUCAAAUUACCAGACUACAUGUUAGCAUUUCUUCAGGAAACUUCAAUGAUCUCCAUGCUGCCAGAAAAGCUGGACUGACUUCCAAUUUUUCCUAAGUCCUCCCGGGACCUACUUUCAUUCAUGCCUUCUUCGAAUUCCAUUUGACAGCUGCGGCGUUUGUAUUGUUUUUCAUAAGGGCUUUCCUCAUGCCAGCUGCGUCUGGAAUCUCGGCGGUCACAGUGUUUUUCACGCCGACGCACUGUCCCUGCCUGAUCACAGCCUGAUGAUAGCUGACUACAGCUAAAUGCUGAAUAGGCUGUGGUACCUCCAAAUAGAGUAGAACCUGACAAGAAACGAGGAGAUUGCCCAGCCAGUGUUUCUGUUGCGAAGUACCAGGUAUUAGCCAAUGAUGCAGUUGACGUUUGAGGUGAGAGUAUGUCUGAAUGCCAUCCUUUGAGCCCCAUUCCUGCUGCAGAUGUUGCCAAAUGCUGUUGGCUGCUAGAAAGACCUAGUAGAAAGUUUGUUCUGUAGUUAUCCUCCAUGCUUCCACUUCUGUGCAACGGGUACAGGAGUGUUCUAGGCAUUGUAUUUGUGCUUGCUGCUGUUUGCGCUGAAGACAUAGCUGCACUUUUUGGUGAUCCUUGCUGCCAAAUGGUUUGUGGUUGUUUUGUAUUUACCUCCAUCACAAUGGGUGUGGUGUGUUCUGAAAGCUGCUCCACUUCUUUCUGAGCAGAUGAGAAAAAACAGAACCGACCAGUUUCACCCGCAUUUGAUUCCUUCAAAGGAUCACAACUGUCUUCUGGAGAAGCAGCAAUUGGUGUAGAACUAGCACCUCCACUGUUUGUGGGAUAUGAAACAGACUUUAUGUCCAAAGAAAAUGAGCGUUUUAAUCGAUUGUUGUCCUCUAGCCUGUCCAAGGACAGGCUAAGUCCAUUGAGUCCUUGAGCCAAAAAACAUUCUUCUUCCAGACUGGCAACAGUGGAUUCCAUAAGUGCAGAUAAAGGUGUAAUAGGUGCAGUCAGAUUCUGAUCCAUAGUCUCUGAGGUAGUGGAUGUAAAGGCUUGGUUUUCUGUUACUGUAUCAAAGCGGCCACUUUCCUGCGUCACUCUCUGUUCCCCAGCUCGCUCUAACUGCAGGAAUUUUAGUUUGGUAAUGGUUCCUGUUUGUCCAGUCUGAGUUUUCAACUUUUUCUCAAAAUCCAGCAGUUGGCCAAGGAAGUUAAAGUUAGGCGAGAUGGUUGGUCUCUUCUCUUUGACAAAUCUUAAAAACAAAAGCAAAUUUCUUUGUGACUGAGAUGUGGGGUACCAUGAACUAUUUCCAAAAAAAUAGGCUUGUGUUAAUUUGGUUAUUAGGUCAGAAAAAAAUUAAAACUUUGGUCAAACUGUAUAGAGCAUUAAUCCUUCCUUACUAUUGAUAGCCAAUGUAGAAAUGAGCUUAUUGGCCAUGAUGAAGGAUACCACUUCAAAUUAGUUUUGUGAUUUGCUCGAGCAGGAAAUAUAGGAGCUGCUUAAUGGGUCUUCACCCCACAGUCCCAGAACUAUUGAUGGUGUUUAUAAGAAAUAAAAUAUGAAGAACAUCUUUAAGAAUAACAUUCCUUCUCCAUUUAUAAAACAAUAAUUCAGUUUUUGGUAGAUCCAGAGAAAAAAAAGUGUAAAAUAACUGAGUAUUUAUGGUAAUGGCCCCUAAACACUAUCAAAUCAAAUGUAAUUCUGUUGGAAACCAAGCAGGCUCACUAAUUUCCUUCAAAGAAAGAGAACCGGCUUACAUGACAGACCCUAGCCUACGUGCGAUUGUAUCCGAGUGGUUAAACUCAUAAUGGUAAUUUAGGAGUAGGUUACUUUAACCAGCAGGCCUACUGAAUGAAUCAAUGGAUACAUUAUUGUAUAUUCCUUUGCUCUAUUAUCUUUUAAUACCUUUGAUAGAUUUGUCAGCCCAGCACUGUCUGCUAUUUCCAAAAGAGUUCCAACUUUCAGCAAUUCUUUUGAUAAAGAAGCAUUUCCAAACUUUGCUUGAGAAAGGUGUGACUGUAACAUUUAGGCUAUGUCACCUAGUUUUAGAUCCUGCAAGCAGUGGACAUAGUGUCUCUAUUCUACCAGUUGCCUUGAUAUUCUCAAAUUUAAUCAAUUUCUCCUUAAUUUUACUAAUUCCAGAGACCAGUAUCCUAAGUAUUUUAUUGGUAAUUAUUGCUGCAUAUCCUCUGGAACCAAUAUGUCCUUCCUGAGGUGUGCGAGCAACAGGAUUCUCUAAUCUAAUAUCUAUAUAUAAAAGGUCAGAAUUUCAUUUGUUUUACUGAUUAUUCUUUAUAAUUAUCCAUCACAAUUUAAUAAUUCACGUACAUGGUCUUGUAAGAUUCUUUGGACCUCCACCAUUUUCAGUUCAUCUCCACUUUUUAGGUCUUAUAAAGACAAUCAAAGCCACUCCUGCUGUCUCUUGCCACUUGUCUCCAGGCUAGAGAAGUAGUGAACAGGAGCAUCUUUUAAAAAAUGAAUGAUGACAGCCCCAGCUCUGCGCUGUUCACUCCACCCACCAAGUUCCACCUUUAGGUCAGAUCAAAUUGGAUCCAAAGCUUGAAUGGGAACAUAGGUUCAAGAGAUGUAAGCAGUGAGAGAGAGAGAGAGAGACACACAGUGAAAGACUUGGGGAUGGAGAGCUGGAGCUUUCAGGAAGCAGGAGGUGCCGUUAAAUGAAAUCAGUGUAAAACAAAAAAGUGUAGAAAUUUAGAAAUGUAAAGUAUUUCAACUUGCAAAGUAAAAUGUAUUUUGUUCUGAUAAGGGUUUUAAUGGAAAAAAAUGUGAUGUACUUAAAGUUGCAGAUUUCAGGGGCACUGCAAGUUUCAGUGAGGACUUGCUGUAUCUGCUUAUUAUCCUUAGUUUGUUCAAUCUGAUCAGUUCAUAAUUUGUCCUCAAUUCAGAGAGCUUCAGCUUUUGCUGAUAUUUGAUUAAAGUUUCUGUAAGACUUUGUCUUUCUUGGAGUCUGUGUAAAAAGCAGCCAUCGACAUUCUCCUGUACAGGAACAUUUUGAAAAUGUUCAACAAUUUUCAUUGGGUGUGUCCCGCCUUUUGCAGAUCCAUACCGGCCAGCUGAAAAUUUAAGGUGUUCAGCUGUUCUGUCCUUAAUCACUGGGGAAAUUUAUGCCCUGAUUUUCCCCUCCUUAAAAUAUAGGAGCAGUUCCUGAUCAGAGGGCAAAUAGAAUGUAGCCUGCUUCCUGAGAAACUGAAUUGUAAAACAUUCCAUUCUGAAGAUGGGACACUUUUAGUGCCAUUUUUUUUUCAUUACAACAAUUUUGCUGCAUGCUUGUUAUUACUUUUCUUAGGUUUUCCAAGAUGCUAAUCUCUUCUAUAUCUGCCAUUUCCUUAUUUCAGUUUCACUAUUUAUAACCUCAUUUAGUUUUUAAGGAAUCUACAUUGUAGAAGAGGUGGUGAAGAACAAUUAGGAAAAAGAUUUUUGUUUUCCUUGCAAAUUUCAUCUGCUUCGCCCAUUCUAUCCUAUUUAUUUCUCUUCAGUUCUGGUAUGUACUUUUGUUUUAUGGUGCCCUUAAUACUUUAGUCACCCAUAGUUUUUUUUUUGACAAGCUUUUUACUUGGGAAUAUAAGCCAGUUCUGUAUUGCAUCAAGUCCUUUUUCAACACUCCCUGCCAUAAACCCUGAACUUUACAAGAUGAUUCUGCCUUGCCUUUUAUUACAUAACCAUGUUUAGAAAAAGAUGAAAUCAUGAUAAGCAUUUUUUCAAAUGGAUGUAUUUGUGAUCUGGUUGCUCUAGGGAGAAAAUGUUCAACAAUAAUGUAUUCAAGCGAUGGGUGCCAGUUUUAACACCUUUUCGGGACAUUUCAUAGAAACUGGUCAGCAGCUGUUUGAGCAAAGAAGCUACUGCAGUGGACAAGCGGGAUUUUUUGAAAGUACUGGAAAGUCAACAAAGUACACUACGAUUGGGUAAUACAACAUGAGAAAACUUAGCUGAGUGGAAUGAUUAUCAAAGGACUCCAGACCUCUGGUAAUGACAGGGAGAAAUGCUGGUGCUCUGAGAUUGACUGUUUCUGUAAUGCUACGCGUUUGCCAGAAGCAAGGCAUUGUCUAAAAUUGAGACAUAUUUUGGAUUGUAUUAAUGUGACAUACUUUACCCUUAGUCUGAUUGUAUAAGUGAUCUGUUUAGUAAGUUUUGUUACAAUAAAAAUCUUGAAAUUUGAAA